UAUGGGAAUAUCAAGAAUUUGUGUCGGUCUGUGAUCGAUAUAUCAAAAUUCCUAGUGGGAUUGCCCAACUGAUGUUGUAAAACAUAUCGAUGUGUAUAGGAAAAGUUUUUCCUUAGCAUUAAUGAAAGAACUGCGGUUGGCGCUCAAGGCUCACCAAGGCGUGGACAGAAGAUGCGAGUUCGUGUCAGGAUGCUCAAUUUGACCGGUUGCGCCGAACAAAUUAGGCAUACUUGUGUGAUAACUUGUUUAUUACACUUAACAAACAAAACUAAAACUAAAUUAAACACGUAUAUCUGUCACCAUUGCCAAUCACAGAUCAGGCUUCUUCUUCUAUCAAUGUCUAGGGCAAGCUGUUUCCGCCACAGCCUAAGCGGAUUGAAGUUAACCUAUACAAUAGACCAUGAAUUUUUCUCGAAAGCUUGUUACAUUAUAUGGCCGAAGAUGGGUGUUACGUAGUUUUAGCAUAAAAAAGGCCCCGGAGCAAAGAUCGAAGCCGGGACCGUUGACAAAGUUAGGCCAAAUCGAACCGGUGGGAUGGUUCCUCUUGGUGAUUCCGGCUGCGUCAUUGUCGUUGGGCGUGUGGCAGAUACGGAGAAAACGGUGGAAAGCUGAACUGAUCGACGAACUCAAAGAGAAAACGCUCACGGAACCUGUACCUCUACCGUUCGACGAAGAAGACGUGAAACGGUUAGAAUUCAGGCCGGUUCGCGUUCGCGGCACCUUUCUGCAUGACGCGGAGAUUUACUUGGGUCCGCGCACUCUGCUCUCCGGCGGGGAGGCCUCGACGCAGAGCUCCCUCAUCAGUUCAAGCGCCGCUCAAGGCUACCUGGUGAUCACCCCGUUCCGGUUGGCCGACCGAGAGGAAACGAUACUCGUGAACCGGGGCUGGGUGCCGAGCAAAAACAGGGACCCCCGGACCCGGUCCCGCGGUCAAAUCGAAGGCGUUGUCGAUGUCGUGGGGAUCGUGCGGUCCCACGAGAACCGGCCCCCGUUUGCGGUCAAAAACCGCCCAGGUAGCGGGGUGUUUUUCUACAGGGAUCUGAAGGCGAUGAGCGCCGCAACCGGCAGUUCGCCUGUGUUUUUGGACGCGACCAGGGACUCUGAUGUGGAUGGCGGGCCCAUCGGCGGUCAGACUAGGGUCGCGUUACGCGACGAACACACCUCCUACAUAAUCACCUGGUUCUCUUUGGCCGCCUUUACCGGGUACAUGUGGUACCGGCGAUUCGUGAUGAAAUAAAAAAGAAACCCGCAAACUCUUGAAUUCUUUAUUAUUGUUUAUUUUAAAUACAAAAGCCCUAAUUGUGUCUAUGUGUGUGUCUCGUCAGUCUUGCGAUCAUAAUUAUUUGGGCUCGGACGUUGAACAAUGCUUGCGUUUAAUACUACUGACGCAACGGGACAUGGGCGGAAGCGCGCGCCCGCACGAAUCGCAAUUCUAUUGGCACUACAACGACCGGCAGUCGAAGCUUCAAAUGGGGUGCGGUUUAUAAUUCGAGCCCGGCUUGGUUUUAUGCCGGCCUGGCCCACGCCUAACGUUCACCAAAACACACGAUUUCGUAAAAUAUAUGUAAAUAUAAUAUAUAAAAAAGACUAUAAACUGUUAAAAAUUCAAAAAAAAAAAGAAAA